GCCGAGCAACACUUUCGCGCAUUUUGAAGUCCGCUUCGGUGAUGCCAUGCCACGGAAACACAGCGGAGAUGAAGGCGCCACCGGGCUCUGGAUGAGGACCUCGCCGGGCCACCACCGGGCCGAAGGCUACGGCAUGAAAGAUGUCGAAUCCGCGCGGAAGAUGGUGAACAGCGCGGGAGACGGCUUGCUCUCGGCCUGCAGCGCCGUCGGCGCCGCCGGUUCCGACAGCUUGCGAGGGAAGCAAGGAGCCCGGCUCAGCUUGCUCGGCAAGCCGCUCAUAUACAGCGCGCAAAGCGGGCGCAGGAAUGUGCGCUACCGGCGGCUCCAAAACUACCUGUACAACGUGCUGGAGAGACCGAGAGCCUGGGCCUUCAUCUACCAUGCAUUUGUGUUCACCUUGGUCUUCAGCUGCCUGGUCCUCUCGGUGUUCUCUACUAUUCCAGCUCAUCAGGACUUCUCCUCUUACUGUCUGCUUAUUCUGGAGUUUGUCAUGAUUGUGGUGUUUGGGUUGGAGUACAUCAUCCGCAUCUGGUCGGCAGGAUGCUGCUGUCGCUAUAGAGGAUGGCAGGGACGACUCCGCUUUGCCAGAAAGCCAUUCUGCGUCAUCGACAUCAUAGUGCUGAUUGCAUCAGUUGCUGUGGUGUCGGCUGGAAGCCAGGGCAACAUCUUUGCCACGUCAGUCCUGCGUAGCCUUCGUUUCCUACAGAUCCUGCGCAUGGUGCGAAUGGACCGAAGAGGGGGUACAUGGAAGCUGCUAGGUUCUGUGGUCUACGCACACAGCAAGGAACUGGUUACUGCUUGGUACAUUGGUUUCUUGGUUCUCAUCUUCUCUUCAUUCCUUGUCUACCUUGUGGAGAAUAAGUUCAACAAAGAGUUUGCCACAUAUGCUGAUGCCUUGUGGUGGGGCACGAUCACUCUGACAACCAUUGGCUAUGGGGACAAGACACCAAAGACAUGGACAGGAAGGAUGUUGUCUGCUGGGUUUGCACUGUUGGGGAUCUCUUUCUUUGCCUUACCUGCAGGUAUUCUGGGCUCAGGUUUUGCUCUGAAGGUCCAAGAGCAGCACAGACAGAAGCACUUUGAAAAGAGGAGAAACCCUGCAGCUUACCUUAUUCAGUGUGUUUGGCGUAGUUAUGCAGCUGAUGAGCACUCGGUUUCCAUUGCUACCUGGAAGCCUCACUUGAAAGCGUUGCAUACCUGCAGCCCUACAAAAAAAGAGCAAGGAGAACCAACUACAAGCCAAAAACUCAGCUUCAAGGAGCGGGUGAGGAUGGCUAGCCCAAGAGGUCAGAGCAUCAAGAACAGGCAGACAUCCUCAGUGAAUGACCGUCGUUCUCCAGUGGCAGAGGCUGGUACCGAAGGCACUAGCCCUGCCAAGGUACAGAAGAGCUGGAGUUUCAAUGAUCGCACGCGCUUCAGACCCUCACUGCGCCUUAAAAGCCAGUCGCGAUCCACCACUGAUGCAGACUCUAACAUGGCAACAGAGGAUGGUUUUGAUGAGAAAGGCUGUCACUGUGAGAUCUCAGUGGAGGACUUGCUGCCUUCAGUCAAGUCUGCCAUUAGAGCAAUUAGAAUAAUGAAGUUCCAUGUUGCAAAGAAGAAGUUUAAGGAGACCCUGCGUCCUUAUGAUGUGAAGGAUGUGAUUGAGCAGUACUCCGCAGGGCAUUUGGACAUGUUAUGCCGCAUUAAGAGCCUACAAACUCGACUGGACAUGAUUGUAGGCCCACAGCCCCUAAGCAGCCGUGCCAAGACAUUUUCCUCCCCCUUCCUGCCUCUCUAUUACAGCCAGGGCAGAAAGAACUCCACCCAAGGGGUGGACCAAAUCCUUGGGAAGGGACAGAUCCCCCUGGACAAGAAGAUUCGUGAAAAGUUGUUGUCUGAUGGAGAUCUACUGGAGGACAUGAGCAUGUUGGGGCGCGUUUGUAAAGUGGAGCGCCAGGUCCAGUCAAUCGAGUCAAAGCUUGACUCAUUACUCGACAUCUAUCGGCAGGUUCUGCGGAAGGGCUCGUCCACAGCUCUCACGCUUUCAUCUUUGCCACUGUUUGAGCUGGAACAGACUUCUGACUCCCAGUCCUCUGUCUUCAGGAAGGAUCUGUCCUUCCCCAGCCAGGUGAGCAGUGGCACAGUGCCUCACCCUGGCGGCUGCGUCACACGCUCCUCAACCAAUCCCCACCUGUCCCAGGGUGGACUCCAUCUCAUCCUGGCGCCCCCGAAUGAUCUCGACCUUAAUACCUCCAGCGCUACACUUCCCUCAGGCCCUGCUUCCUCAUCUUUCAGCCCGUCACCAUUGCCGCAUCACCACCAUCUUCCCCACCACCACCAUCGUCAUCCCCAACAUCACACACAGGAUCAGUCUACUACACCUGAAAGUGGCAACGAUGAAACAUUAGGGACCUCUCCUCCCAUCCUCACACCAAACAGUAUCUGCAGCAGUGGGGGUGGAGGAGCAGCAGAUGAGAGAUUUUGUCUUCUGGCAAGGCUCCCGCCACCACCUCCUCCAAACAGGAAUGUAGGUCUUAGCAACUUGAUGCGAGCAACCUCAAAUGAAAAUUCCCCUGAAAUUGAAGACUUCUGUGGAAGUCUAGAAUUACAAAUCAAAGACGGCAGCACUGGGGAGGAAGUCGGUCCAGAUUUGAGGUCCGGCACAAUGGGGAAGCAUCAACGGGGUAACACCAACAACAAGGGCAGACUAAAUGCCAAGGAGGAGGGCUCAUGGAGGAGGCAUAUGAGUCUUGAGCUGGAACCCCUGGUGCCACCAACCAUAAGCUGCUGCUCAGGUCCCAGUCAGGUAGAUCACAGUCUGGGAAAGUCUUUGUCAGUGCAGGACUUGAUGCAGACAGCCCAAGGCAAAAUGCAAGGCACCCACUGCAACAUUUCAUCCCCAGGAUUCAGUCGAAACUCUUCCACUGACUUCCAAAGAAGCUGCCAAGACCUAGGCACAGGGGCAACUGGCAAAGUUUGGGGGGAAGAUGACCUUUUUAUCAAUGACAGGGAAGUGGACAUGCAGGGAUUUGAUUUCUUGUCACAUGGGACAGUCGAGACUCCCUCAUACUCCUCAGAACUCUUGAGAACAGAGUCUGUGGCAAAAGGGGCAUCCCGGGGGUCCAACCACAGCCUGGUCGCUGCUCAUUCAUCCUCACCCUCUGCUAGCAGCAGUGAAUUACUGAAAAUGCAGCGUGUUCGAUUAAAAUAGUGCGUGUUCAGAGGGCACGGAAAUCUCACGUCAUAGAAGGAUAGCUUGUGAUCAUUUUUUUGUGUGAACGUGGAAUAAAAUGGUGUCCUUUU